UAUUGUUCUCUCCAACAAUCAAAACCACAAUUCGAGUUAACUUGCACGGAUACGACGACUGGCUGUCAUCAGGAGGUGUUGCGGUGCUGGUAUAGUUGUGGUGGAACAGAGGCUUAUAACAUAAUUUUACGUCAACUGAAUUGUUGCUACGAAAGGACAAAUUGCGGAAUGACAUGUCGAUAAACGAAAGACGAUACGCUGCCCAGCACAUUAAAACUAUCACUAAUGACAGCCGUAAACUGACUACUGGUGACGUCUUGAAAGAUCUUAAGCGUCUGGAUGAGGCCGGUGAGGUCUGCCAUCAAGAUGUUGUUUUGGAAUUGUUAGAAGGUGAAAGAAAGCUGAAUAUGAUUGACAAACUGCGGAAGGAUGUAAUUUCGACUUUUAAACUUAAAUAUGUUUUGCAUGCCGAGACACUGACUACAGAGGCACAUAAAGGCCUUAUUAUAUUAUAUGCAAAAACUGGAAAGCGUACAUCAGAUAUUUUGAUAUUAAAAUGCACAGAAACUAUGGCAAGCAUCGUAGUAAAUGAUCUCAAUCGGUCAGCAAGAAAACAUUCAUUAGCAAAUCGAAAAGCUGUUUCCUUUCGUACGGCAUCACUUUCUUCUUCAACAAGCUCAUCAGGUUCUGAGCAGGGAACUUCGUCUAGAAUGAUUCCUAUUGCAGAAAAACCAGAUCCACCAGUCCAAGAAAAUUACCGCCUGGCUCAAGUUCAUGAAGAUUUCCUUGGUCGUACAGUUCAGGAGUUGUCGGUCAGAUCCGGCGAACUUGUAAAGGUUCUAGAUUCUUCAAGAAAUUGGUGGAAAGUGUCUGAUCAGUUUAAUAAUGUAGGCUACCUACCCUGUACAAUCAUGGCGUACGUAAAACUAAACAAACGGCGAAGGAGCAGUACAAAAUCAAAUAAUCGCUGAUGAUAGACUCUUGCGAAAUGCUAGUGCGCAUGCACAUAGUUGUUUCUAAUUAGUGUGUGGUUCAUUUUGUGUAUAUAAUAUAUAUAUAUAUACAUAUAUAUAUAUAUAUAUAUAUAUAUAUAUAUAUGUAUAUAUAUUUUUAUUAUAUCUGUAUGAUUGUAUUAAUGUUAGCGUAUGUUUGGGAUAAUUUCAAACAUUUAUUUUUUUCUCGAUGAAUUAUGUGAACGAAAUGGGACAUAGGAUAAUAAAACUAUCAAUUUUAAUAAUCUAUCAGUAUAAUGUUAAAUUAAUGAUAUGUCAAUAGUGUAAUGUUGGUUAAGAAUAUUCAUUUUGCUAAUAAUCUUUUCAGGUUUGAGAUAAAACGAUGCAGGUAACGGAUCAUAUUUAUUAGUUGAUUAAUUAAUUUUAAAACACAGUGUGAGUUGAAUUUUUGAUUCCUCAUUUUCUUUACAAAUUGACAAGAUUUUAGUAUGUUCUGUUCGGGACCAUUCUCAGUCUUUAAAACCGUUCGAUUCAUCAAUGAUGACAAUUGACUUGAAUUUGUUUGCCUUAUUAAUUAUUUAUAAUGGUGAGAGUGGACGAGGUUGAACACAUUAGGAAGCUUGUAACGUAUGUGGUAUCCGACGACAAAGGAAAACAAAUGCACCAUAAGGGUUGAUCAAAUGAGAUGCUCUCAUUAGAAAAGAUUAUGAUGAUAAUUAUUAUAAUAGUAAUAUAAUUAAUAAUAUAAUGUAAAUAAUAUUAAUAUAUAAUAUUAAUAAUGAUAAUGAUUACGAUGUCUUUGAUGAUUAUAUUGUAAUAGAAUACUAAUACAUAUACAUAUACAUAGUAAAACGCGUAUGUGUUAAGUUGCCACAACUAUUAAAUAAAUACGGUAAUGUAUAUUAGCUGUUACGGAAACAGUGGCUUACGUAACAAAAAGCUCGUAACAAAUGUGCUAAAGUAUUUAAAAGUCACCUCCUACCACAUUAUUGUGCCAGGUAGCCCCAACCCCCUCUCACUUUAUCAUAUCUCACUUCACAUACAUACCCCAGCCCCAUCACCCCUUAUUACAAUGUCCCUAGGUACGCCAGUGGCAAAUAAUAGAAACAACAUUUCAAAACAGAAAUUAUACAAUAGACAGUUGUAAUGAUAUUUUUAUGAAACAAAUUUUCUAACUUUAAUAACCAUAAAAAUAAUAAUUUGAAAGGUAAUGGGAUUAUUUCACCAAAAAAGAAACAGAAACCAUCAGGCCUAAUUGAUAAUAUUAUUUUCACAUCUAUUGUUUGGCCUUGUUUUAUAUAUUGCCGUUUAUAUGAGCAUGGAGUUAUGAGGUGAUUAACCUUUUCCCUUUACACGAGAGAAACAAUAAAUUACUAAUGACAAAAAA